AUGGCUGUAGAAUCGGCGACCUCUAACGGUACAACAGAUGAAACCCAUCCAGAAGAAAGGGACGAGUGUAAAAAAGGAUGGUUAUUUAAGAAAACACAGUACACAAAGCGCUGGAAACGGGUCUGGUUUCAUGUCAGAGACGGGAGACUUUUCUAUGGUGUUAAUGAACAGUUAGCAGAGAAAACCAUUAAUCUGGUUGGAGCAAAAGUGGAGGUGCUGGACGAUGAUGGGAGAUUUGACUGGACUGUCACAACACAGGACAGUAUACGCACCUUUAUCCUGCGUGCCGACAGUGCAGAAGAGCGACAGGCAUGGAUGACUGCCAUAUGUGAGGCGCAGCUGAGUUCUCAAGAGCACAACUCCAAUGCAUGUGUUUUACAAUAACUAGACUUUUAAAUGUACUUUUUUAAAAAUAAUUUGAGUAUAGUUUUCUACAUCUUUUUUUUUGUUUGUUUUUUGCUUCCUUCAUAAAUGACAAAGUUUAAGAUGCCCUGCUGAUGUGUAGUCCACCCCCUGGUGCACGUAACUUUUUUUCAGAAUUACCUGGGAACUCUAGAAUGGCUAGAAUGCCAUGUGAACUAUGACAUGUGAAUAUAACCAUUGCAGAGAUUAAAAUACACACUCCUUUAUUUAACUAUAUUAUUAUAUAUAUGUACACUGGCAGCCAAAUGUUUGGAAUAAUGUACAGAUUUUGCUGUUUCGGAAGGCAAUUGGUACUUUAAUUCACCAAAGUGGCAUUCAACAGAUCACAAAGUGAGUCAGGACAUUACUGAUGUAAUUCAAACAAAGACAUUUUUGAUCAAAUCUAGACAGGCCCCAUUUCCAGCAGCUAUCACACCUUAUCCUUGAGUAAUCAUACUAAAUUGCUUAUUUGGUACUAGAGAAUCACUUGCCAUUAUAUCAAACACAGUUGAUAGCUACUUGGUUUGUUAAAUUAAGCUAAACAUUGUCUUUGUGUUUGUUUUUGAGUUGCAAUAGUAUGCAAUAGACUAGAAUGUCUUAAGGUCAAUAUUAGAUCAAAAAUAGCAAAAAAGAAACAGCUUUCUCU